AGAUAAUCUAGAUUUCCACAAUGACUCCGUUUGAUGACUUUGUUUAUCUAGUGAACUCCAUAUUGUUAGGGGAAGAGCCUACAAUUGAAGACUUCAUCUUGCUGAUUGGCACCCUGGUGGCAUUUGUUGCAUUUAUUUUGUGGUGUUGCUUUCCAAUUGUGCCAAGAGAUCCCUCGGCUCCAGCACCUACACAUUACGACCAUUACUACAGCACUGCUGGCUCCAGACGAGCAAAUGAGGAGAAGAUAUACACCAUAUCAAACUCUUCUAAGAAUUGGAAUGGCUGAAGCCCUCCUUAGAAUAUUAGAUACAUCAAAUAUUAAUAUUAAUAGCUGUAUCUAUAAGGUUAUUUAUAAAAUGAAUUUGGAGGAUGGGAUGUUCUUCCAUUUAAAUCAAAUGUUUGUUGUGUGUGUCUUCUGCUGAAACUUGACGAGGUAUGACUUUGAACAUGAGCUACUCUACAGUAGCUUGUGAUUUAACGUGUCACCACCUAUGUGGACAAAUUUGUUUCAUAGUGAUAAUGAUAUUCCUACCUGAAUUAUUACGUAAUCAAGUUAUGAAGACUACACUUGAGUUAUUAUGUGCCUAGAUAUACUUCUUAGUAAUGGCAAGAGUGUAUAUUCAUGCAUGCACGUCUUGCAAAUUAUUGAACUCUGCAUUGAAAUGAAUUCGAUUUUCCAAAAAUUGGCGAGACUGAUUACUGGCAAGGACCAUUAAUUGGUGUUGGUGGGAGAUAUUACCAUUUCAUCUUUAAUGAUAGUUCUCUAAAUAUUUAUAAAUUUGAUGGGUUUUAUGUGACGGAAUUUUGAUUCAAUUCAGCUGAACCUCAGUCCUGAACAUUGAUAAUUGAAGCCAUAGAAAUCAAAUUUCAACUUUUGACCUAAGGAUACAUAUAAUAUUGGAAGCACCUUUGUUCUGUGAUGAAAGUGUAGCUUUACUGACAAUAAUUUUUUGAAUUUAGUGAAUAAAUUUACUAUGAAUUUUA